UCUUCUCUCAAACCAUGUCUAAAGGAAAUGUGAGAAGACUUUUUCUGGAGAAGAAUAGAAGCAUUAAAGAACAAGAGAAGCCAAACCAAGGCUUCCUAUCCAGAAACCUCAGGAAAAUCUACCCUCUUAGCCUUCAGAAAAGCACUUCAUCCCUGUCCUUAUCAUCAUUAUCGUUGUCUCUGUCACAGAACUCCAACGAUUCUUCUCUUAAGGAUUAUAUUACUCCACUGGAUCGGCAGAUUGCUCUAUCCCUCCGCCUGAUAGGACCACCUGAAAGAAGAGAAGUCCCAGUGGCUAUUACUAACGUCCCGCAACAACCUAGUCCGGAUGUUGGAGAUGGGGAAUUGAAGAGGUGCAACUGGAUUACAAAGAAUAGUGAUAAAGUUUAUGUACAAUUCCACGAUGAGUGCUGGGGGGUUCCAGUUUAUGAAGACAAUCAAUUGUUUGAGCUGCUGGCCAUGUCUGGUAUGUUGAUGGACUACAACUGGACUGAAAUUCUAAAAAGAAAGGAACUACUGAGAGAUGCAUUUUCCGGGUUCGAUCCUAACACCGUUGCCCAAAUGGGGGAGAAAGAGAUCACGGAGACAGCCUCCAACAAAGCACUCAUGUUAGCGGAGAGCAGAGUGAGGUGCAUAGUAGACAAUGCAAAAUGCAUACAAAAGAUUGUAAGGCAAUUCGGAUCAUUCAGCAGCUAUAUCUGGGGCUAUGUGAAUCACAAACCGAUGAUCAUCAGAUGCCGAUACCCGAGAAGUGUGCCUCUAAGGACCCCAAAAUCAGAAGCCAUCAGCAGAGACUUAAUCAAGCGAGGAUUCAGGCUAGUGGGGCCGGUGAUUGUUUACUCAUUCAUGCAAGCUGCAGGGAUGACCAACGAUCAUCUUAUUGACUGUUUUAGAUAUAGGGAAUGUUUAAACCUUGCACACAGACCAUACAUGGACGCAAUACCUGACAUAAACAUCAACGUCUUGUACUAAACCAAUAAGAAACUCUCCUCUCCCGAAUUGGUAAUAGGAAGAGGGGAAGCUAUCAGGUUUUGGGGAUACAGUAUGCUACUUGCAAUCAAAGUAGAAGCAUUGUGACUAAUUUGGGUAGGUGUUGUCAAAUACUCUAUGAUGAGGAUGAUAAAGGAGGUGAUGAUGGUGAAGAAACUCCCAAUCAUUUACAGUUUUGAGCUCAACCCAUUUUUUCGAAUUUUUGUGUUUCUCAUGUAUGCAAUUGGCAAUUUGUACUGUUUCUGUUUUUGUGUUUCCCUCAUCACUACUCUGGUUUGUUCAUGUUCUCAUUGAUUACAAAAGAGGAGUCUGGAGAUUCUAA